GAAUGGAAUCGCUGGAAAUACAUAUUUGACUUCUUAUUUAAACAUUGAACGGUUCUCAUUAUUUCUUUUGAAACAUCUAAUGACUGAAUGAACGAUGAACAGCUGAAUUGUGUACCUCGAAUUGUCAAGAAACAUUUUUCCUCAUAAAACCUGGCGAAUGAUUAACUCAUUAAAUUGCGUCGAAACGACUCCUUUUUGUUAACACUUUCAUUUUUUAUGUGGCCGAAACUGGCCUCAUAUUUUUAAAGGAUGUUGCCGCGGUUCACAAAGAAUGCUUCUAAAGCGGCAAUCGUAGUCCACUUGCGGUUCUCGGCCUCUUGGAAUACAAGACUCCGUGGACCAUAGAAGACCUCGUCGGUGACCUCUUCAGGAUGACGAGGCAUGCAGUGCAUAAAUUUGCCAGAUUUGUUAGCAAGCUCCAUGAUCUGUUCGGUGACUUGAUAGCCAGCGAAUUGUUUGAGACGUUGUUCCUUUUCGGCUUCUUGACCCAUGGAGACCCAGGUGUCGGUAACAACGAUAUCGGCAUUCUUGACGGCCUCCUUGGGGUCAUCCUUAAACUCAAUCUUUGUAUUUUUCUCCUUUGCAGCCUCCUUGAUGAGGGCGAGAAUGUCUGUCCGAAUGGAGACAUCUUUCGGCUUGGCAACAGCGGCACCAAUGCCGAGCUUGGCACAAGCAAUGAGCAUGUCGUGAAGAACGUUGUUGACAUCACCGACCCAUGCAACCUUCAGAUUGUCAAAGGUACCAAAUGUUUCCUUGAUAGUAAGAAGGUCGGCCAAUGCCUGCAGGGGAUGGAAGGUGUCACAAAGACCGUUAAUGACGGGCGUGCUGGAAUGUUUUGCGAGUGUUGCUACAUCGUUGUACGAGUUUACACGAGCAACGAUACCCGAAGUCAUGCUAGAAAUGACUCGAGCAGUGUCGUACAUACACUCAUUGACACCUAAUUGGAUGUCGUCCUUGCCCAAAAACAGCGAAUUACCGCCCAGACAAGUAGUAGCGGAUUCUACACUGAUACGAGUACGUGUGCUUCGUUUGGAGAAAAGCAUGGCAACAUUUUGUCCUUCAAGGCCACUCAGCGCGACUGGUUUCCGAGCUGCAUAGUUUGCCUUAUAUGCAGUUUUGAUUUCAGCAGAGCGCUCAACGAGACGAAGCAACUCUUCCCGGGUGAUAUCACGGAUGGAGAGAAAGUGACGAGGAAUUUGUUUGACGACUGACAUGUUGCGAAUUGUGUUUUAUGAUAUCUAUGCAAUGAACAAUUGAAGUGUUGGCAGACGAACGAGCGAAAGGAAAGGAUUCUGUUUUCUUUGUUAGCAACUGACGACUUUGAAUACUGGGUGCUCUUUCGAUCUUUCGUCCUCCCACCCGUCGUCCCCUUCUAGCUUACCUUCUUUAUGAGACAAAGAAAACCAAGACGAUGGAUAAUGCUGUUCAAUGCGUUCAAACACGAACUAAUAAAGCUUUUGUCUCGGAGUCAGACUGGAUGGACAAAACGUGAUGGACUGAUCGAUAACCCCAGCUGUUGGUUCCUUCCUUGAAGUGGUUUAGCGAAACUUGUGAGAUAGCACGGCUGGAUGCUGUGUUGCAAGAGGAUCAUCUCAAACAAGGUUUCGUUUUCCCUGAAGGGGGGGCUCUGUUAUCGCAUCUCAAGCAUUGAUUUGACGGUUAACAGCUCGUUUUCGUCGUUGAUGAAAGACGUCACUUCACAAUCAAUCUACAAAUGCAGUGAUGCGAUGACAAUUCUCUGACUUGUUUGACACACUGCCUCCGUACAUCAUCCCAACCGUGUCGGCCCGCCGAAACUGCUUAUCGCUCAGACGCUGGGUGGUGGUGGUGGAUCGCCGCUAUUCAGCCAAUACCAAAGCAAUCAAUCUCCUAGCAGCUGAUGUCAUCUUGCGCAUGAACUUCUCCUCGCUUACGCUGCAUUCGGUUGUGGGAAUUCCACCAAGCUGCUAAACGAGAAUAGGGCCGUGGACAAUGUCGACCGCUGUGUGAUUAUGUCGUGCAAAUAUCGUUGCAUGUACAGAAGCCGUCAGAAUGGCAAGGUAUCCCGCACGUUUCCAAGCACUCGUCAUUCGUCAUUACUGACAGGUCUUUUCGCGUUCAAGAAACUUUAUUGAUCGAUGUAUCUAUUUAUAACUUGGUUGCGAAUCGCGCGCGUUCAAAAGCUUGAGCUUAAAAAACACACACUCUGCUGCACCUCUGAGCGACAAACAACGACAACAACAUACCUCAACACUUUGUGAAAGUAAUGCUCGAAACGAUUCCUGGGCAAUCUUUUUGCUAUCGCCGGUGGUGCGGAGUUCACGAUGCUGAUGUUUACUAUACCAUCUACCGGCGGUAGUUGAGGUGCUGUGGAGGCCAUUUUCGCCGCUACGCUUGUUGUCACUACAGCUAACCUGCAGCUGCUGAUACGCGCUUUGUUGUCAAUUCGUGUAACAAUGUGGCCUUGCGCUAGAUAUCGCUCGGUCGCCGUAUCACCGUAUCAUGGCCUGGUAUUGUGAGAUUCGCAUCAAGGGACAAAGAUUGGCCUAGACGGCUAAGGGCUAGAAGCGAGCAGCACAUACUGAGGAUGGGGAAUCUGCGUGACGUUACUUAAAAGCAAUCGCUUUGUCCCCGCAAACGACAGAUUGUCAUUUCUCUCUUUCUCUCUCACAUUCCUUCUUCUUUCUUUCUUUCUUUCGACAAUCAUCAGCGAGAUUAUUGCAUCCUAAAAGCAAAGCGUGAUGAUGCUGUCUCGUAUAAAUAAAGUUGCCAGCAUCCGCCUGGCCAAGCGUGCGUUGACACGCAAUGUUACACGCACAAUUGCCUGCCAAAAACACUCAUUCUCUACAAAAUCCUUCGCCUCUCCAGCUAUUAAUGACCAGGAACGGGACGUCUUAGUGCGGAUUCUUUCUUCUAUUGGCAGUCGUCGCGAGGUUGAGCAGUAUUUACGCUACUUCACGUCUCUCGAAUUGCAGAGAUUUGCUAUUAUCAAGGUCGGUGGAGCGAUUAUCUCAGACGAGAUUGACACACUUUCUCGCAGUCUGGCCUUUUUGAACCAUGUGGGUCUGUAUCCCAUUGUGGUUCACGGAGCCGGUCCACAAUUGAACCGUAUCUUGACGGCCAAAGGUGUUGAGCCUGACUACAUUGACGGAAUCCGCAUUACUGAUGCUCAGACACUUUCGGUUGCUCGUCAAGUGUUUUUGGAGGAAAAUGCUAAACUAGUUGAGGCUCUCGAACGUUUGGGCACCCGCGCUCGGCCCAUCACAGGCGGUGUGUUCAAAGCAGACUACCUCGACCGCGAAAAGUAUCAGUAUGUUGGCAAAAUUUUUGAGGUGAACAAGGCCCCGAUUGAGCAGAGCAUUCGUGCUGGCACGCUGCCUAUUCUCACAUCCAUGGCGGAAAGCCCGUCCGGUCAACUCCUUAACGUCAACGCCGACAUUGCCGCCGGUGAAUUGGCCCGUGUGCUUAAACCCUUGAAAAUCGUGUACUUGAACGAAAAGGGUGGCCUUUACCAUGGCGUUACCGGUAAAAAAAUCAGCACUAUUUACCUGGACAAGGAGUAUGAUUCGCUAAUUAAGGAGCCCUGGGUCAAAUACGGAACAAAACUUAAAAUUAAAGAGAUCAAGGAAUUGCUCUACACCCUGCCCCGCACCUCGUCGGUUGCCAUCAUUAACACAAAGGAUUUACAAAAGGAGCUCUUUACAGAGUCUGGAGCCGGUACCAUGAUUAGCCGCGGCUUCGAUGUCUCUGUUAGCGACAACAUUGACGGCAUUCCUGAUGCCGCAUUAAAGAAGCUAGUCUUUGAGGACAAUUCUAUGGCGAAGCCUUCCUCCUUGGAGCAGUUCAAGAAGGACAUUGCUUCCUCGAAGGUCAAGGUGUAUUCCGACAGCGAGCACGAGCUCCUUGUCGUCGUUGACGUUUCCAAUCCCAAGUUUGCCUUCCUCCGUGUGUUCGGUGCUACCGAUCGCAGCUGGCUGAACAACGUUGUUGAUAGCUUAUCGGCCACCCUCAAGUCGGAGCACAAAUCGCUCAUUUGGUGCCUUGAGCCUUCAGUCAAGAACCUUGAGUGGUUCUUCGGCAAAAGCGAAGGCACACUCUAUCGCAACGGCCGCUACUACUUCUGGUACGGUAUCGAUCUCCCCGAUGUCCAGCAAGCGAUAAACUCUGCUGGUGCUGAUAGUGGCGUUACGUAUGGUGUAAGCAACAACAAGUCUUCUACCUCUGCACCUCGUUCAAGUCCCGCAACUAAGCGCACAUUCUCCACAAUGUCUGGUCGUACUGUCGCCCAUCGCGCCGCUGCUCUUUCUCGUCAAUUUGGCGUCCGUUCCUACGCCAGCAAUGCUGGUCCUGGUACCAACAAAAACAUUUCUAAAGUUGCAUUGAUUGGUGCACGUGGUUUCACAGGCAAGAACAUCAUCAGCUUGAUUAACACACACCCCUACUUUGAGCUGUCGCAUGUCUCUUCGCGAGAGUUGGAGGGCACCAAGUUGCCCGGCUACACCAAGAAGGACGUCCGCUACGUCAAUCUGUCCGCCGACGAUGUGAAACGCAUGGAAAAGGCCGGCGAGGUUGAUGCCUGGCUCAUGGCCUUGCCCAACGGUGUUUGCAAGCCUUUUGUGGAGGCUAUUUCCUCUGCCAAUGGCAAGAGUGUCAUCGUUGAUCUGAGUGCCGACUUCCGUUUCGACGACAGCUGGACCUAUGGGCUUCCCGAACUUGGCGAUCGUCUUGCCAUCCGCAAGUCGAAGCGUAUUUCCAACCCUGGUUGCUACGCUACGGGCUCCCAACUCGGAUUGGCUCCCGUUCUCGACUUGCUCGGUGGUGAACCCACCAUAUUUGGUGUUUCUGGCUACUCCGGAGCUGGAACGAAGCCUUCUCCCAAGAAUGACUUGAAUGUUUUAACGAACAACUUAAUUCCCUACUCUCUUACAGACCAUAUUCACGAGCGUGAAAUUUCUUACCAUCUUGGUCACCAAGUUUCCUUCAUUCCUCAUGUCGCCCAAUGGUUCCAAGGCAUUAGUCUGACCAUUAACGUUCCUCUCAACAAGUCCAUCACUUCUCGCGAGCUUCGCAACCUUUACCAGGAGCGCUACGAGGGUGAGGCGCUCAUUCACGUUCAAGGAGACAUUCCUCUGGUGAAGGACAACUCUACUAAAAACUUUGUUUCUAUUGGUGGUUUCGGUGUACAUUCCUCUUCGAAGCGUGCUGUAAUCAACGUUACAAUUGAUAACCUGCUUAAGGGUGCUGCUACCCAAGCCCUUCAAAACAUGAACCUUACUUGCGGCUACGAUGAGUACGCUGGUAUUUCUUUGGACUAGACUUUUUCGAUGACACACUGUUUAAUAAGAAAUGGCUGAAAAGAUAAUGAA